AUGCCGCUCCUCAAACGUAAGCCGGUGCUUAUGCACCCGCUGCCGUCCAUGUCCAGCAUUGUUCAGCCGGUUACCGACAAACCGACACAUGCGAACGGCGACGCGUCGCCCGGGGCAUCGGCCCCAUCAGCACCGCCAGACGACCUGCCGAAGGACUCGAAGGAUGAGGAGGAGCAGCUGGAGAAGCUUCUGACAGCUCUCAACGAUCCGACUAUCGCCGCGCCGGCCAAGAAGUCUCACAAGGACAAGGUGAAUGGAGUGGUUAACGGCGCGUCGACGACUCAGGACACGGCGGCGCCCGGUUCCACCUCUCUCCCUAGCUACCGCGUGAAGAACGUGGAGGUGUUCUACCUGCCUGAGACGGGCGAAAUCUUCCUGGACUACGACGACAAGCGUUCCUCGACCAACCGUUGUUCCAUGAGCGGCAAGUCCGGCCUGUCAUACUUUGAAGCUCGAGAGAAUGAGCAACGGGAAGCCCGGCAGCUGCACUCGCGAUUCCCGAAGCAGCUGAAGAAGGCUGUCUUGGAGUCAGUCCAGUACCAGGUGGAAGGCAAGCUGGAAACUCUUGCCGACAAGAUCUUCGAGCGCUUCGUGAAUCGCUUCUUCGACGACGAAAAAGUCUUUGUCGAUGUCCAGGGAGACAAGUAUUUGGCUCGAGUUGUGCGCACAUUCCCUCCGAAAGACCUCGUUCUCCCGGAAGGAGCGAGCUCACCCUAUCACCCGUAUGCCACCGACCUCGACCUCGAGCCGGAAGUGGUCGUUGAGCGCGAUGACCCCAUGAAGUACUUCUACCAAGUCCGCCUCAUUGAGGAGGGCGGGGAUGACGAAGCCCAGCCCAGUGACACGGAGGAGGGCAAGGGCGAGGAGUUCCAGGGCAGUGUUAUGGAAGUGCAGGCCGAUAAGAUCAGCCGUGAUGCCGCCGUCUUCUCGCCAUGGAUCGUGAAGAAGCCUGUCGCUCUGCGCUACGGUCUGCCGACAGAGAUGUCUGACGAGAUUCGAGAGAAGAUUGAUAAGAUUCGGUCCAGCGAGAAGACGAGGAAGAAGCGCGAGCGCGACGCCAGACUGGGCAUCACCCAUAGCGAGGGUGAAGAGGACUCCAAGCCCGAAAAGAAGAAGCGCAAGACCAAGGCUGAGCGCGAGAAGGAGAAGGAAGAGAAGGCCGAGGUCAAGGAGGAGGAGAAGGAGGAAGAGGAGAAGAAGAAGAAGCGUGGCUUGAAGUAUCCUUGCGAGGACGCAACGGCUGGCCGUAUCGAGGUGCGACCGAAACCGGAACGCUCGCUGCCCUUCGGCGACGACUUCGACAAGUUCCUCUUUACCUGGAGCUUCCUCAACGUCAUGGGCAAGCCUCUGGGAUUGUCGCCGUUCACGUUGGACGACUAUGAGCAGUCUCUGCUCCACACUGACGAGUAUACUGCCCCUGCGCCGAUCCUGGUGGAGGUUCACGCAGCUCUGCUGAACGCCCUCAUGAAGGACCUGGAAGAGGGUCAUGAGCCCGUCAAGCCGAUCGUUCACUGGGGCUUAGACUAUGAUAACGACAUGGACUACUGGACGGGGACAAAGGGCGCAAACGUCGACACGUUACGACCUGUUGUGGAGCCUCUUGGCGAGUCUUGGACGAAACGGCAACUUUCGUACAAGGACGGUCGUAAAGGUUGGGAGAGUGCCCUUGUCGGCUGCCUCUGGGAGCGGGCUGAUCUCGACACCUUAAAAGACUACCUCAACUACAUCCUUCACCUGACGUUCGAGGACAAGCCGGCUCCGACACGACCCACAUGGUCUACGGGACCCAGCACGUCCUCAUCACAUGGCCUGAUCCCUUCAAAACCUGAGCGGCGGUACACAUCGCUGGACCACAAGGCAAAGCUCAACAUUAUCAGCUUCCUGAUCGACCUCGUGACGCAGACGGCCAAUAUCCGCGAUUUCUUCGAGGAGUCUACGAAUGCUGUCACGGAGGACGCCCUUGAACCUAAGAAGGAGAAGGGUGAGGACGGCGAGGACGUCAAGGACGAGGUGCCAAGCUCGGUUGCGCCAUCACCUAAUGGACACGCGAACGGCACCGCGACGAACACGGAACGGGACGAGCUCGAGGGCUCGAUGAUGGACGACACGUCGCGUGCCAACUCGCCCGCCUCCGAGGCUGACCGCGUCCGCACCGCUGCCUCGCGCCGACGGGCAAUGAAGGAGAAGGCGCUGGAGCGCGAGGCAGAGGAGGCAGAGCGCCAAGCCGCACUCCUUCGAGAACGCGCCGAGGCCAAACUGAAGCGAGCCGAGAGCAAGCACAUGUCUCAGGAGAAGAAGCGGCUGGCCGAUGCCGAAGAGGACCUCGAGAACCGACAGCGACAGCUCGACUACGAGUUCCGGCGGAACAACCAGGUGCUGCGUGUGAAGCCGAUCGGUGUGGACCGGUACGGCAACCGCGUGUGGUGGCUGGACGGCAUCGGCUCUGCUGGUCUCUACGACUCGAGCGGCAAGGUGACCUACGGCACUGGCCGUCUCUACCUGCAGGGUGCCGAGGAGUUCGACGUCGAGCACCACCGCGCCGCCGCCGAGCUGACAGAGGAGCAGCUCUCGCAGCGCCGAGCAAAGGAGGAGGGCGACAAUGUGCUCGCGCCCGGCGAGUGGGCAAUGUACGACACGCUCGAGCAGCUGGAGGGGUUCAAGAACUGGCUCAACCCGAGGGGAUACAGGGACCACCACCUUUUGCGCUUCCUGAACCAGUGGUGGCCCGAGAUCACGCAGGGCGUGCAGAAACGCCGCGCCGCGGCGGGUCUCGAUGGCAAUGAGGACGAGGGCCACGGUGGGCGCCGCUUACGCCCCAGCCGGAGGGCGGCGGGCGACGACGUCGGCGAGGGAUACCUCGGCUGGAAGAACAGGCGCGCCGCUGGUGGCCGACACUAA